AUGGCAGAAAAUUUUUCAGAAUUGAUAGAUUUUAAUCAAAAAAGUUUUUGGAUUUCUUUUGCUUCAAUUCUAUUUAAUCCUGUUUUUUGGAACUUGGUAGCAAGAAAAGAGUAUAAAACACACUUUAUAACUCGUUUGUCAGGUGGGAAUCCUUAUUUCGGUUGUUAUAGUUUGGCUACCACUAUUUUCUCACUUGGUCUUGCAAUUGAAAAUCAACCAACUUUACCAGAACUUGACAAUGAUCAAGUAAAAUUGUUGGGAGCAAUAUUGUUUGGUUCAGGAAUGCUUUUUGUAACAUCAUCGACUUACAUGUUAGGAAUUACUGGAACUUUUCUUGGUGAUUACUUUGGCAUAUUGAUGAAUGAAAAAGUCACUUCAUUUCCUUUCAAUAUUCUUGAACAUCCAAUGUAUUAUGGUUCUACAAUGAGUUUUCUUGGAACUGCUUUAUGGCCAUUUACAUCAAUGAUCUAUGCUAAACGAGAACAAGAAAGAUCUAGUAAACAACGAAAAUCAGAAUAA